CGCUCAUCAAGUAUUGACAGAUCAAACAUUGAACGAAACACGACGUAUACAUAGGUAGACGAAACGUCCGACGGUCUAUCGCAGCGAAGAUGACCACGUCAAACAUCCCUAGAGAAGCAAUAGAGCUACGGGCUGAAUUAAGAACCCGGGAUGACAGAAGUGACUAUGCUAGUGUCCAGGACACUGACCUUAGAGCUCCAGGAGAAGUGACUUCGAGCAGAAAGAAGAAGGCUCUUGUACUCUUUGGGUCCGCCCUGUUACAGCUACCGAUCUGGGGCUUCGCGAUGAGCUAUGGUAUCUUCCAAGAAUACUAUCUCACACACCAGACCCUAAGUGGAAACUACGACUUGACUGGAAUCAUCGGCAUGACCUCAAACGGAGUCAUGUAUCUGUCGAUGCCUCUGCUCUUUGCACUGUUUACCAAGCGAUGGGCGAAGUUUCGCCAGACUGCCAUGCUGAGUGGUACUAUCCUUGCUUGCUUGAGCUUCUUGCUGUCGAGCUUUAGCACCCAAGUCUGGCAUCUGGUUGCGACACAAGGUGUUCUUGCUUCCUUCGGAUCUGCCCUUGUCUUCAGUCCAAUGACUUUGUCGCUUGGCGAAUGGUACAAGACAGAUCAUCGCGCCUUGGCUUAUGGAGUCACUCUGUCUUGCAAAAACAUUGUUGGCUCCGUGUGCCCGUUCCUGUUCUCCAGCCUUUUGGGUCGAUACAAAUUCAGUUCAACGGUGAGGAUCUGGGCCCUUAUCACUGCGGGCACGAGUCUGUUCACAAUUUUCCUUAUUCCGACUCAUCCCUCAGCUUUGCUUGCUGUAGUGAGCGAUCUUACUGAGGGGGCGAAUGAAGGAGGGGACGCAGGGCCACCCCGAGCGCGCAAGAUACCCUGGCAUUUUUUGCGACACGGCACGAUCUACAUAUACAGUAUUGCCAUCAUACUGCAGUCCGCUGCCUACGGAAUACCACAAACUUACCUCAACACAUACGCUAGCGAAGUGGCUCUGCUCUCGCAUACUUCUGCAAUAAUCUUGCUUACGCUGUUCAACAUUCCGGGUAUUGCGUCUUCCUCCUUCUUCGGCUACCUCAGCGACAACAAACAUUCCACCUUUUCUGCGACAACAGUAGCCUGCAUCUCGGCAAUGAGCUCAGGAUUGAGCGCCAUUCUCUUGUGGGGACUGAAUACUCAAGGCAGCCUGACGACGCUGAUACUCUUCUCGAUCACGUUUGGGUUCUUCGCCGGUGGAUACAGUGCAACGUGGGGUGGACUCAUCAACGAUCUGGAGCUCGAAGCAAGACGAUCGAAUGAAGCCAUCGACUCAGGCAUGGUGUAUGGCGUGUUAAAUGGUGCAAGAGGAGUCGGGUACAUUGUUGGUGGCUUGAUCGGUGUGCCGUUGUUGCAGGCCGGUACCGAGAGAUAUGUCCAGCUUGUCAAGGGUGAUUUCGGAGUACAAUCGAGCUAUGGACCGCUGAUUAUGCUCACGGGGGUGGCUUCCUGCUUUGGAGGCUGCAGUGUCUUACUGAAUAUGAAGCACCUAAGGGUACGUCGUUAG